UCUCAGAACGGGCAUAAACAGGAUGUGGUGUUAGAUGAAAGCUUCCCCCUACCCCACACCCUGCCCCCCACAGCUCUCAUCCCCACCCCUAGAAGACAGCGGAACUGAGGAAAGAAGAGGCCUUCGGACAGAAAAGCCAUGUCUGACUCCCUGGUGGUGUGUGAGGUGGACCCAGAGCUAAAGGAAAAGCUGAGGAAAUUCCGCUUCCGGAAAGAAACAGACAACGCAGCCAUAAUAAUGAAGGUGGACAAAGCACGGCAGAUGGUGGUGCUAGAGGAAGAAUUCCAGGACAUUUCCCCAGAGGAACUGAAAAAGGAGUUGCCAGAGAGACAGCCCAGAUUCGUGGUUUACAGCUACAAGUACGUGCAUGAAGAUGGCCGAGUGUCCUAUCCUUUGUGUUUCAUCUUCUCCAGCCCCGUGGGCUGCAAGCCCGAACAACAGAUGAUGUAUGCUGGGAGUAAAAACAGGCUGGUGCAGACAGCAGAGUUGACAAAGGUGUUUGAAAUCCGUACCACCGAAGAUCUCACAGAGGCCUGGCUCCAAGAGAAAUUGUCUUUCUUUCGUUGACCUCUGGGCUGGGGACAAGAAUUCUCAAUGUCUGAGUCCUCUAGGAUCUGCAUAUCCAAGACCCUAAAGAAAUUAAAAAUGCCAGAACUCUGA